AAAAUCUCCGUUAGAAUUAUUCAAUGAUCCCACAAAAUCUUAUAUAAAUGUAUGCGCGCCAAUGGUUAGAUAUAGUAAGCUGCCGUUUCGUGAAUUGGUUCGUGGUUAUAAUGUAGAUUUAGCCUAUACUCCAAUGAUUUUAGCAAAAGAAUUUAAAAAUUCGAGCUUCGCUCGUGACUUCGAUUUUAGCACUUCCCCUACCGAUAAUCCACUAAUUAUACAAUUCGCGAGUAAUAAUCCGGUGGAACUUACCAAAGCUGUUGAGCUUGUGGUCGGAUACGUCGAUGGAAUCGGCAUAGGUGCUCAUUUGAUGGAUCGACCUGAGCUAGUAAAGGAUAUGAUUAGAAUGGUUAAAGGUAGUGGUGUAAAUUUACCAUGUUCUAUUAAGAUCAGGAUUCAUAAUGAUAUGAGAAAAACUUUAGAUUUUACAAAGAAUGCCGAAGCUGUAGGUAUAGAUUUUAUAUCAAUCCACGGUCGUACACGUCGCCAGAAAUCUACUACUCCCAUAGAUAUAGACACUAUAAAGCUUUGUAAAGAAUCUCUGCAAAUUCCUGUAAUAGCAAAUGGCAAUAUCUUUUCCUUGAAAGAUGCAAAUUUAUUAUACGAGAAUACUAAGGUUGAUGGAGUGAUGGCAGCUCGGG